AUGGCUGUUACGUUCUCAGAUCUGAACACAGAAUCCGGCCUCAAGGCCCUUAAUGAGUUUCUCUCCGACAAAUCUUACAUCUCCGGGGAUCAAUUGACGAAAGAUGAUAUUAAGGUGUAUGCGGCUGUUUUGGAGAAACCGAGCGAUCUGUACACUAAUGCCAGUCAGUGGUAUGAAAGAGUUUCCUUGAAGCUAGCAGCCAGCUUUCCAGGGAAGGCUGUAGGUGUGAGAAUUGGAGGCCAAGCUGCUCCUGCUGAAGCUGCACCAGUUAAGGAGGAAGCCAAGGAGCCUGCUGGUGAUGAUGAUGAUGAUCUUGAUCUCUUCGGUGAUGAGACAGAAGAGGAAAAGAAGGCAGCAGAGCAGAGGGAAGCUGCCAAGGCAUCUUCCAAAAAGAAAGAGAGUGGGAAAUCAUCUGUUCUUAUGGAUGUAAAGCCUUGGGAUGAUGAGACAGACAUGAAGAAGCUCGAAGAGGCUGUUCGUAGUGUUGAGUUGCCCGGCCUCUUGUGGGGAGCAUCGAAAUUGGUUGCUGUUGGUUACGGAAUUAAGAAACUGCAGAUCAUGAUGACCAUAGUUGACGAUCUCGUCUCAGUGGAUGAUCUCAUAGAAGAGCAUCUCACAGUCGAGCCUAUCAAUGAAUACGUGCAAAGCUGCGACAUUGUUGCCUUCAACAAAAUCUGA